ACUCUAGUAGAUCAACAAAAAUCAGUCUUAAACAAGUCACUGAAGUCAGACGCAAAAUCCUCUCUCUCAGACGAAAAUGUCGGACGCGUUUUGCAGCGACUGCAAGAGAGAGACUGAAGUCGUUUUCGAUCACUCAGCAGGCGACACAGUCUGCUCCGAGUGCGGACUCGUCCUCGAAUCUCACUCCAUCGAUGAGACUUCCGAGUGGCGUACCUUCGCAAACGAGUCCAACGAUAACGAUCCCGUUCGUGUCGGUGGUCCAUCUAAUCCUCUCUUAACCGACGGCGGUCUCUCCACCGUCAUCGCCAAACCUAACGGAUCUUCCGGCGAGUUCCUCUCUUCUUCUCUCGGACGUUGGCAGAAUCGUGGCUCUAACCCUGAUCGUGGACUCAUCCUUGCUUUCAAAACCAUCGCUACUAUGGCUGAAAGGUUGGCACUUGUUGCAACCAUCAAGGAUCGAGCAAAUGAGAUAUAUAAGAGGGUUGAAGACCAAAAGUCUAGUAGAGGAAGAAAUCAAGAUGCUUUGUUGGCUGCUUGUCUCUACAUCGCUUGCCGACAAGAAGACAAACCGCGAACUGUAAAGGAAAUCUGCUCCGUUGCCAAUGGGGCCACAAAGAAGGAAAUUGGCCGAGCAAAAGAGUACAUAGUGAAACAACUUGGUUUGGAGAAGGGUCAGUCUGUGGAGAUGGGCACAAUACAUGCAGGGGACUUUAUGAGGCGAUUCUGUUCCAAUCUUAAUAUGAACCAUCAAGCUGUUAAAGCUGCUCAGGAAGCUGUGAAGAAAGCAGAAGAAUUUGAUAUAAGGAGGAGUCCUAUAUCGAUUGCUGCUGCAAUUAUAUACAUCAUAACUCAGCUUUCUGAUGAUAAAAAACCUCUCAAAGAUAUAUCAAUUGCCACAGGAGUCGCAGAAGGAACUAUUAGGAACUCCUACAAGGAUCUUUAUCCCCAUGUUUCAAAAAUAAUACCAACUUGGUAUGCAAAGGAGGAGGAUUUGAAGAAUCUUUCUAGCCCUUGAAUUAUAGAGAAGAACAUCCUAAUUUGUCAUUAGAGAAAACUGUUUCGGAUUCACCAAACUGUUCAUUAAAAAUUAAAUUGCCCUUCCUGGAUUCUUUUGUGGUUUUCCCUGUCAUUCCUUACCAUCAAUCACACCUUUUUUUGGAGUUUAUUGUAAAAACCUCCCAAUUAGAGUACACAUUAGGAGUGGGGCUCCAUAUAAUGCAUGGAUUCUAACUUUGUGGCAGCAUAGAAGAGUUAAUGCCGGUGAACUCACCUGCAUGAAUUGAUAUCUCUUUUGCUGUUUUUGCCUAUAUGUUGCAGAUUACAAAAUAUACAUAGUGGACCUGACUAGCAUCAAAAUCUAUUUUGGUUGGAACUGUUUGAUUGCAUAUGUUUGUUCAA